AAAAUAAAGAAAAAUUAAAAAUCGCCUAGUCGCCAGUAAAUUGGCUUAAUCGUGGAAUUGUAUUUAAACUCGAUCAAUAAGCGAACUUGUCAUCAGUUUAACUUUGUUCAACAACAGUAAAACAGCUACCAAACAAUCAAAAUGUUCAAAUACUUCGCUCUCGUUUUCGUCGCUCUCUUCGCCUUCGCCGCUGCUGAGCCUAAACCCGCUGUGGUUGCUGCUCCAUUGGCCUACUCCGCCCCAUUGGUCGCCUCUCCCUACGCCGCAGCCUAUGCUGCCCCAUAUGCCGCAUACGCCGCAUCUCCCUAUGCCGCCUACGCUUCACCCUACGCCGCCUACUCCGCUUACCCCUACAACGCCGCCUAUGUGCUCCGCAAGUAAACGGAAUGUAGCGGUUGAUCUGUGAUAGCACCAAAUUGGAUUUGAUUGGCAAUGAAAUGGACAAAAUUGUACUGUUUUCUAAAUAAGAAGAAAAAUAAAAGAAAAAACACCUUUAAUUAAAACGAAA